AUGUUCCGUCUCUGGGGAAACGGACCUGAAUACGAGGCCAGGCUAGGCAAGCCCUUUGCGCCACCAACUGCGACUCUGAAGGACAUACAUGACGCGGUGCCUAAGCAGCUUCUUCGGAAUGACCCAUUCAAAUCGACGUUGUACCUCGUCAGGGAUAUCGUCAUGAGCCUCUUCUUGUAUACCCUGGCCCAACAGAUAACGUCGUGUGCGAGCUCGGACUUCGGUGGUCUCAUCACCACGCCAUACAUCAAAGCCCUAGUGAAAGGUUCUCUCUGGUGUGUCUACUGGUGGUUCCAGAGCUUGGUAAACGCCGGAAUCUUUUGUCUCGCUCGGGAAGGUCAUGAUGCGGGCCACGGUACGCUAUACGACAGCAAAAUCGUGAACAAUACCAUUGGUUUCGUUCUACACUCGUAUCUUCUGAUACCCUAUUUCUCGUGGCGAGCCACCCACCAUGCCCAUCAUAAAGCGACGUCCUCCAUGGAGCGGGAUGAGAACUAUGUCCCAUACACCCGGUCCAAAUAUAAUCUCCCAGACGAAACCAAGGCUACCAAAGCCGACUACGAGGAAAUCUUCGAGGAGACACCACUCUGGACCCUCUGGCGAAUGUUCGUCAUGCAGAUGUUUGGUUGGUGGGUGUACCUGUCGCAAAACACGAUGGGUGCUCCGAUGUACCCGCCCGGCACCAACCACUUUAAUCCAAACUCUGCGCUGUUCAAACCCGAGCAACCUCGUCAACCACUGGUACGCCAUGGAUUCUCCGCAACUCCGGAUGCACGUCAGACUGAUAUGUUCAACUCAUUUUCCAACUCUAGGAUCGUAAUGUUCACGUACCUCCAUCACUCUGACCCAACUAUCCCUCAUUAUCGGAAGAACGAAUGGACGUUCCUCCGUGGAGCUGCAGCCACCGUCGACAGGCCACUUCUAGGUUGGAUGGGCCGCUUCUUCUUCCACAAUAUCAGCCACGAUCAUGUUGCGCAUCACUUCUUCCUUCGUGCACCAUUCUAUAAUGGACCAGAAAUUACGAAACGGAUCAAAGCCGUCUUGAAGGAUGACUACAACUAUGACUCCACCCCGUCAUUCUACGCCCUCUACCGGUCAUUCACACAAUGUCUGUUCGUCGACGACGAUGGUGAUAUCAUCUUCUACAAGAACAAGGAGGGUAAGGCAGUUCGAGAGGUCGAUCCAAAAUACCUAGCACAAGCAGCUGCACGAAGGGAGACGCAGACGCAGCACCCUCCUCUGAAAGAGGACUGA